AUGGAUGAAACGUUCGUCAAACAAUUAUGUGGCGAAAAAACUAUUGUGACGCCCUUUACGUCAUCUCCUUUAUCGUCAAAAGCUUUCCUGUUUCAAACGGCACCCAAAUUACCUCAUUCGCCGGUUUUGUCACAAAGUGAUUCCUUGGCCCAUGGCCGUCUACCUUCAGCACAGUGGCUUGAUUCACUCGAUUCCAGUUGGAACAUAAAUGACGAUGGCACAGAUCCUCAAUGCGGUGAAUUCAUAUCGGACGCACAAUAUGAAGUGGACUUACAAGGUGAAAUUACUUUUGGAGAAUCCACAAAACAGAAGCCCAUAAUUUUUAUGAGCGGCUACAGCUAUCUAUUUAUGUCGGCAGCGUCAAAACUUGGCACUACCGGCUACCGCUGUGCUAGAAAAGAUUUGAAAUGUCCGGCUACAAUCCAUAUAUACACGAAUAAUAAUACGUUCCAACGAUGGAACCGAAAGCGACAUGUUCAUCCACCUGAUCCAAUUGAUCGUCGACGACGUCUGAUUAUAGCGACGAUAAAGAAACCAGUGAUCAGCGAGCACAUUCCGGUCUGCAGCAUUGUGGAACAAGAGUAUACAAAAGCUAAACUAACGAAAGAAGAGCAGGUUGUAUUUAAAAACCCCAAACAGCUUGAAUCAGGCUUAUUGAAAUCUCGACGAAAAAUGUAUCCACCUUUACCGACGUGCCAGAAUUUUAUGAUACGUGAUUUUAUGCUAACAACUACUGAUUCUACACGAUUCUUAUUAUUUGAUGAUACACGUGAUGAAUUUGGUGGUCGAUUACUUGUUUUUUCUUCCAAACAUCAAAUAAAUUUAUUAUUAAAGUAUGAUAUGGCGGAUGGAACUUUUCGUAGUUGUUCUCGAUUAUUUGAACAAGUAUAUGUCAUAAUGGCAGUCAAAUAUUCUAAAACAUAUCCUGUGCUUUUUGCAUUAACCACUAACCGGGAACAAGAAACAUAUUGUGCUAUGAUCGAUGUGAUCAAUACAGAAGCACGAAAUCGUGGUGUUUCAUUCGCACCACAUACAUUCAUUAGUGAUUAUGAGCGAGCGUGGAUGAAUGCGGUGAAUCAAAAAUUAAUAACGACAUCACUAUGGAUUCAGACGAAUGGUCUUGCAAAAACCUACGAAGAACACGAAGAAAACCGGCAGAUUUUUCGCUCAUUCAUGGCACUGUCAUUAUUACCAAAAGAUCGAGUUCAUGAAGGAUUUCACAUUGUGAAAGUCGUGCGAAAAGGUACAAUGAACUUCGUGAAUUUAUACAUUAUUUCGAGCGUCAAUGGUUCAAGACAUUUAAACCGGAUAUGUGGUGUGUUGGAUCAUCACCCAUUCGUACCAAUAAUGCAACGGAAUAGUGAAGCAACAUCACCCAAACAUUUGGCAUUUUUUGUGCAUUUACGAAAUGAAGAGGCAACUAUUAGCCAAAAUAUUUUAAAAGCGAACCUUGAUUUAAUACUAUCAGCACAAUAUCAAGGAGCUUCUCAAAAACGGGCUGCCAAAAAAACAAUGCAAAUCCAACAUUUACACGAUUUAUUGGAGAAGAAGUCUCGAACAUUAGAAGAUGUGAUAGUUUCCCUGUCGUACUUAGUUGGUGGCGGGAAAAUCAAAGGAAGUCGUAUCGACCAUUGA